AUGAACCCUCAGAUAGUGAUCACGAGCUUAAUGGCCGCCGCGUCGGUAGUCGUGUUCGGGUACUACGCCUUCAAGAGGAGGUCAGGACCAAGCGAUCCUGACCUGCCAAGCCUGCCUCCGUUGGAGGACACCAGCUCGCUGGACGAUGACCUGAAGGACAUUCUCGCGUUCGUCCCGAUGAAGGAGGUGCAGGGGAUCGUGGAGAGAUACAUGAAAUACGACGCGCAGAUCGCGGACACGGUGAGCUUCGUGAAUGACCAGAAGAGGUUCAUCCUUCGGGAGUUCCAGGCAAUACCGGAAGCGAGCAAGCUGAUCGACUUCCUGCGGCAAAAUGGUCUGCGAGUGGACGAUUGGCAGGAGAGGAUCAGAUGCUUCUGGAAGACGUCGCCGAGGUUCGUCAAGUACGAGCCCAAGAUGGCUGCAGGGGGUCUGAGCGUGAUGAUUAAUAAGAUACUCGACACUAUGCCUCUGGAUGAACUGCACGAGCUGCUGCGACAGAAGGUGAAAUACUCCGCGAGCUUUCGAAGGUUCCUGGUCGUCUUGAAGUCCAAAGCUUUCAAGGACUUCUGCAACGCUAUGGAGGAGAAUGAUGUCCUGCACCAUCACUACUUCUGGGCGAAGGAAGGCGGCUUGGAGGUCACCUUCGCCAUUGAGCUGUUCAACGAGUUGCACGCGUACCUCACGCAGACCUUGGUCGUUUGA